AUGACAAUCUUCGUCACAGGCUCUCGCGGUAAAACCUCCUCGCAACUCGCCACGCUGCUUCACCCAACUCAUACCAUCCUCAUCGCGUCACGCACGCCUCCAAAGAGCCCAGCUCACCCCACAGUCCGCUUCGAUUGGAACGAUGAAGCCACGUUCACCAACCCAUUCGAUCACGCUGUUGCACAAAAAGAAGCCCUCUCGGCGGUGUAUCUCGUUUCGCCAGAGACAGCAGAUGCGAGUGUUUUAGUCAUACGAUUCAUUCACUUUGCGAGGAGUAGAGGAGUAAGACGCUUCGUUCUGCUAAGUGCGUGGGAAUUAGAGAUGGGUGCCGACAUGUUGGCGGGAAAGGCACACGAAGAGCUGGAGAGAUUAGGCAGGGAGGAGGGCGUGGAGUGGGCGGUCGUGAGACCCCACUUCUUCAUGGAGAACUUCCUCGAGGGCCAUCAUCUUGCGACCAUCACCAAGGAAAGUAAGAUCUAUUCAGCAACUCAGAAUGGCUCCAAACCAUUCAUAGCGGCAUCCGAUAUCGCGAACGUUGUCAAAGUGGCUCUGAUUGACGACAAACCACACAAUACAGACUACGUCGUAACUGGGAACGAGAGCUUGACUUAUGACGAUGUCGCAGCAACAUUGUCCUCCGUGCUGGGACGGACGAUCUCACACGUAAGACUGGAUCCUGACGCUUUCACUGCUCUUUUGCAAGCGAACGGCAUGCACUCAUUUGUAGCCAACUAUCUCGCCGAAAUAGAUGUCAAGGUUGCUGGUGGGUUUGGCAGGGAUCCUACAGAUGGCGUUAAAAAGGUUACAGGGCAGGAUCCAAAGAGUUUUAGGCAGUUCGUGGAGGAAAAGAAGGAAGUUUGGAUGUGA